UUUGCCUAUUUCUAUUUGUAAUUUUUUAAAAUGAAUAUGAAAACUCUUAUAAAUGACUUUAAGACAAAUAUAAAUGAUUAUGAUUCGUAUCUUACAAAUUCUAAGGAUGUAAAUGUUUCUUCAAGCAAAAAAAUACUAUUGAAAAAUAUUUAUGAUACAUUUCAAACCUAUAAAAUCCUGAUAUCGCCAUUGAAUCAAUUGAUAAUUGAUAGCCAAUUUUCUCCCGAACAAUUAUGGCAACAAAUAGAAUUAGACAAUCAAAUUUCAUAUUCUUCCUUACUCAAACAAAUUAGUGAUUUUAGCAAGAAACUGACCUCAGAUGAAUUAAAUAAAUCGUUAAAUUUUAACAUAUGUUUGGAAACUGCAAAUUAUGAAAAAUCUGACUAUUUAAAAGAACAUACUAAAUUGAGUUCUACAGAUUAUGAUCUUGACAUAGACAUAGAUGCCACAAAUAAAACAAAAGAUUUUCCUGAUCUAUUUCCAAAAUUUCAAAAUAAUUAUGAAACACAUAGUAAUCAAGACAACAAAAUAUCUUCUAAUGAUAUUAACUUUCAUCAAAGUGAAGAAAAAAAAAAGGAUGAUAGAAUAUGUAUGGGGGAAGAUCUGGAUGAAGAUAUUGGAUUAGGAAAUAAAUCAUCAUUUGAAUUGCAGCAAAUAAAGAUGCGGAAGAUUAUAAGCAACUUGGAAAGUAGGAAUAUAACCGAAAAGAAGCCUUGGAAUAUGGUUGGCGAGGUUAGUUCUAAGAACCGACCAACCAAUAGCCUUUUAGAAGAAUAUCUCGAUUUCAACACGACCGCAAUUGCAAAACCUAAAAUAACGGAGGAAUACACUAAUGACAUAGAGAGCGUCAUUAUUCGACGAAUCAAGGAUAGUUGCUACGACGACGUGGUGCGGAAAAAGAGUGGCGAUAAUAAAAAGUUUAAGCCGUCCAGUAAAAUCGACUCGAUAUUCGACGAUAUGACAAAUCAAAAUGGCGGCACAAACAAAAUUAGCUUGUGCGAAGUGUACGAGAAGGAUUAUUUGGACACCAAAAAUAAAUCAUCCAUUAUCGCUGGAGAUGAACAGCAAAAUUUAACCCAAAUCCAUCUAGAUAUCAAAAAAGACAUGAAAAAUUUGUUCUUCAAGCUUGACGCGCUUUGCAAUUUACGUUUCAAACCCAUCUUGCCCGAACCCGAGAUUAGGCUGAUACCUAAUUCUAGAAACAAUAAUAAUCUGUCUGUCAUUCAAAGUGAAGAGAUAACACCAUUGGUUAAUUCCGAAGCCUCUGUUUUAGCUCCCCAAGAGAUAAAGGCGAGAUCUGGUGAUAUGAAAGAAAAAAUUUCGCGUUUUAUCCAAAAGUCGACCGAGGAUAAUGUGUCCAAAAACGAUGACGCUAAAAAAACGGCUUUCAAAAAGGAUAAAAAAACUAACAAAAAGGGCAAAAAGAAUAAUUUGGACAAAGGGUCAGAUAAGAAAAAAUUCAAUUUCGUAAAACAGUGGCAAGAAAUUAACGCGGAUUCUAACCCUAAGACUUUCAAAAAAGAUUUACGCAACAACGUUCAUAACGCAAAUUCUAAACGUAUCAAAUUAUGAUAAAGAAUCUAAAACGCGAAAAGAACGGGAAAUUAUAUUUUUUUAUGUUAAAAUAAUGUAAGCAAUUUAUAGAUAAA